AAACCACUUCUAUUAUCACCUACAUCGGUUCUCUGCGCAAUGCUUCCCAUGUAUCGUACGGGGAACCUAUAUAAAACCACAAGACCAUAACCUCGUCCAAUUCGCCAUCCUGCUAAUAUCCUCCCGAUGGCCGAGAAACGGAGACUUUCCGCCCGCGAACGCCGCGAACCUGCGGCGAAGCGACGGGUGUCCGAAGCCGCGCCUCGAUCUUCUCCUCAGCCUCAACAAUCAUCUAAACGAAAGGCUUCAACGCCUGUUGUGGCUCCGGCACCUCCUUCUCCACAGCCAGAAAAGAUCGAAAAUCCUCUGCCUACCAAAAUCAAGGAUGGAGAAGCUCUCCCCACCUUGCCCGCUCCGCAGCCGGACGACCUCUCGUCGAAGGAGUAUCAGUCCAUCGCGGAGAGCGCGAUACUCCUAGCCUCCCUCGAACGAUCGAAGAAGAAAUGGCUAAGCGAUGGCAUCCUCGAACGGUACUGGACCAAGCCCAAGAAAACGAAGAGAGAGCAGAUUGAGGGCAAGAACCCACCUAAGGAAAGCAUGACCAAGGUUGGAGCUUGCAACAUUGUGGUUGGCCCGCACCUGUUCGAUGCUAUGAUGUAUACCGUGAAAGAUCCCAAUGCGCCGCCGCCGAUUCAGUAUACACCACCCCAGCGCCCGAUGGUCCAUUACGGCCAUCCCAAUAACUUCCAACAAUAUCAUCCGUAUCCGCAGGGUCCCACUCCUCCACAGCAGUCACGCCAGCAGCAGCAGCAACCGCCGCAGCCAAAGCAGCCAAAGCAGCCAAAGCAGCCAAAGCAGCAACAGCAGCAGCAGCAGCAGCAGCAGCAGCAGCAGCACCCUCCUCAUGGACCACAAGCUACUCCAGGCACACCUCAGCCGGCCUAUCCUCCUGCCAGCCAUCCACCUCUACUGCAUCCCGCUCGAACACCUAGCCAUACUCCUCACCGGACUCCCGGGCCUCAAGCAGCGCAGCGACCGUCUCCGGCACAACAUCCUCAGCCGCAGCAGCAGCCGCCACAACCGCCGAAACCCAGCCCAGACCCUGUGAUUCAAAUGCUCGCAACUCGAGCCGCUUCCGAUCCGGACCUCAAAGCCCUGAUGCGGGUGGUAGCUUCCAGCAAGGCGUCUCAGGAGCAACUGCGUGCUUUUCAGGCUCACAUAGAUGAACUUAACGCUAUAAUCAGAGCAAGGGAGCAGCAGCAACAAAGACAGCAGCAGCAGCAGCAGCAACAACAACGCCAGCAGCUACAGCAGCAACAGCUACAACAGAGACAAUCACUACCCCUUACUCCUGCUCAUCCGCAAGCCGCUUCCAGAACACAACAACCUCCCCACCAACCACAGACGCCGCAACAGACACCACAACACCCGCCUCCCCAACAACGACUCCCGCAGCAGCCAGAGCAUCCAACCCCGCAGACACAGCCUCAACCCCAACCACACCCGCGUGUCGAAGUCCAGGUCAAAUCAUCACCAACUGCGGGUCCAGCACUAGCACAACCUGGCGCGCCAUUACAACCCCCGCAGACCCCAACAUCACAAACUGCCAAGGCACAGCAAAUCAAACAGGAGCCCGGGCCAGUCGCGCAAAUCCAGCCGGCUACCCCCCAGGCCCCUCACCCGCAUGUCGCACCGGGACCAGCGCCAGUUGCGGAAAUUACCAAGCAACCCACCCCAGGAGGACGUCCCGCGCCUCCACUGCAACAGCCGCCGCAGCCGCAGCCGCAGCAGCAGCAGCAGCAGCAGCAACCACAACAUCAACCACAACAAGCUCAGACGCCGGGACCACGCUCAGGGCCUUCUCACCCGCAAUACCAGCAGCAACCUCCGUAUCAAGGCCAACCCCCUGCAAUCCAGUCACGCCCGCCGCAAUAUGGAUCACCCACUCCAUACUAUCGCCCUACCCCGCCGCCCCCGCCACCACCUCCAAGGCUCAACUACAAGUCUGUCGUGUUCGAGUUCACCUCCCCACUGACCCCUUACGGUAGCAGUACCUCCGGCCACGCAGGUUCGGGCGAUCGCUAUCUAUUCCCCGAGUACACGAUCCUGGAAUGGCUCCCCGGAGGAACCACCGUGCUCGCCUCCUUCCUUCUCGUGCGUAAAGUGGACCCCAACACGCCAUUCCCCAUCGAAACUGGCACCGAACCACCGUCAAGGGCCAAAGGCAAAUCCGGCUCUAAAUCCAAGUCCAAGAAGGCGGCGGCAGCAGCAGCAGCAGCAGCCGACAAGAACAAGAUACCUGCGGCGGCACCCUCUCAACCAGAGAAGAAACCAAAGGACGCAGAGAAGGAGGAGAAGGACAAAGAGCCAGCCAAGGAGAAGGUGGCAGAGAAACCCGCGCCUUCCACAGAACCGACACCCGCCGCUCCUCCUGCUGUAGGAGACAGUAAACCCGCAACCCCGAACCCCACCCCAACGGAGGGCGGCGGCGGCGGCGACAGCGACAAACCAGCAGCCGGCGAGCAGCAACCCCCGGACACAAAAGCCGCUGCCGCUGCGUCCACCACCACCGCCAGCACCACCACCAGCACAAAGGACAAGGACGCCACGUCGAAAGAGCCCCCCUCCGCCGCCGCCGCGGCCACUCCGAAGGACAACCCCCCCAAGGAAAAAGACGACCCCAACCUGAAGGAGUACUACCAACCCAUCACGUUCCGGAUCUUCAGCAGCAACCCCAAGGUCCUCGAGCCGCUGAACCGGGUCGUCAAGCCCCCCGACGAGGUGCGCAAGUACAUGAACGAGAUCAUGGAUCGCGCUGAGCGCGCCCCUGAGGGGUUCCUGGCCUAUCGUCUGCCGCGCGAGGAGCAGGAGGAUGCUUCGGUAAAUAACGGAAGCAAGGAGGCGGAUGAUUCUAUUGUUGGUGGUGGUGGCCGGAAGGCCGGGGGCACGCCUGUGCCGUCGGGCCAGCGGAGUCGGUUCAGCUCGCGCGGGAAUAAUAAGGUCGACUCGGAUGCUGAGCUUAGUGAGCAGCAGCAGCAGCAGGGUGAUGACGAGGAUGCGGUUGAAGAGGAAGAGGAGGAAGAGGAGUUGUUGGAUUUCUAUGGGCCGCCUACGGGCCUUCCGCCUCUGGGGGCUUGAAAUUCAGCUCGGCUUCCCGCAUUGGCCCCCUUUUAGCGCCGUCGAGGUAUACUAGAGAUCAGAUGCAAGCUUUAUAUAAUUCCC